GAUUUCAUCUCCUCAUUCACUACAUAAAUUUUCUUCUCUUUACAUUUUUCGAAGUGAUUCCAAAUGAACUGAUAAACAUGGUGAGAGUUCCUUCCUGUGACAAGUUAAACCUCAAAAGGGGUCUCUGGACUGCAGAAGAAGACGCAAAAAUACUCGCAUACGUCUCGAAGCAUGGGACCAGCAACUGGACCUCUGCUCCAAAGAAAGCAGGACUAAGGAGAUGUGGGAAGAGCUGCAGACUUAGAUGGACCAAUUACCUGAGGCCUGAUCUUAAGCAUCAUAACUUCACACCCCAAGAAGAAGAGUUGAUUGUCAGGCUUCACGCUGCAAUUGGUAGCAGAUGGUCUAUAAUAGCUCAGCAACUUCCUGGAAGGACAGAUAACGAUGUGAAGAACUACUGGAACACGAAACUGCGAAAGAAGCUCUCUGAAAUGGGAAUCGAUCCGGUUACUCACAAGCCAUUCUCUCAAAUCUUAGCUGAUUAUGGGAACAUUGGUGGCCUCCCAAGAUCCACCAAGAGAAUUGGGUCUCUCAGUAGAGACUUGAAAACUGCAGCCUUUAUGAAACCAGAACAACAUCCAAAUUCAGCACAGCAGCUCUUCAAAGGCAUCAACGCCGCUUUUUCGCCACCGGCAAUGCUUUUGCCCGAAACCGAGCCUGUCCUUGACAAGUUCAUGAAUGGCAAUGUCCACCAGUUAAAUAACAACCAUUCUUUGGAUCUUCUUGCUCAGCUGCAAGCAAUGCAGCUGGUGACAGAAGCCUCACAUUGCACUUACAAUGAACCAAUUCAACCCCAUUUCUAUGCUCAAGGUUCUUUGCCACCAUCUUCAUCAUCUUCUUCUACUAGUUCUAGAACAUCUUCCUCGGCCUUCAGUUGGCAGGAUUUUCUUCUCGAAGACGCAUUUUUAACUUCCGAGCCUCGAGAACUCGAAAACAUAGUUGAGUUUCCACUCAAUCAAAACGGUUACCAAACAGAAAAUGAGAUACCAAAGGGAGAGGUGAACAGAGAGGUUUCUGCAUACCAAUACAACAGACUCGAAGCAAUGGAUUGUUUGGCUGAAAAUAUUGAGAUUGAAGCUCCAUCUUCUGGUGAAAGCACAUUCAUAGAAACUUUGUUACAUCAAGAUGACAAGAUCUUCUUUGACUUCCUCAAUCUUUUGGAGGAACCACUUUACUAGUAAUUGUCAAUUUUUCUUUUCUUUUUUUUUUCUUUUUCCUUCCUGUGAUGAUGUUGGUAAUAAUCAGUGAUUCAAAAAUGGA